UUGCAAUCGUCAAGAUCUUCUGCGUUUUCGUGGAGACGAUUGCUUCGCCCCUCACGAAAGGACCGUAAUGGCGGAACACAUCUCACCGAAGAUCCUGCCUCACCUUCGUCUGAGACGCUUGUUGGGUCCCCGGUCGAGGAGAAAUUAACUAGUCCGAAACUGGUCCGUUUCGAUGACUCGCCAACGUACUUUCGCACCAGGCGCCGAAUCAAGCCUCACAAUUCCCCCAUUCCAAAGGGGGGACUUGCGCUCCUGUCUUGUUAUAAAUAACACUGACCCCUUCAAAGAGCUUCUUUCGGAUGACGAUGACGACGUCUCCGUAUAUGAAGAUUGUCUUACUUCUUACCCUGGCUUCUUCAAGGACAUGGAGGAUCUUCUCGAGCGCGAACAUUUCAAGCAGAUGGAAGUUGAAAAGUCCCGUUCUCCGUCUUGGGAGCUCACUGAAUUUGGCUGCACGAAGAUGGAUCCGCAAGAGUACUUACGCUCCUGCUUGGCUAAGCAAGCAGAGAGAAAAUCACGACAAGACAUCGAAGGGUGGAGGAAGGUCGUCUACGACCAUCCGAUGACCUUACGCUGGCCCAGCCGGGAGAUCACUGAGCAGCCAGUUAAGGAAUCUCCAGUCAUUUCGAUAACGCCCCCGCGCCUUUUCGUUCCUGAGCCCACACCGGUAACUCUCAAUUGGCAUCAGCAGAUUGCAAGCGACGUCAUUGAUAUGCUGCUUUCGUUAUGCUUUGGACUUACCAUUUACAUGUGCAUUUAUAUUUUUGGCAUAUAUUGUUUCUUUACUGGCGUUUCUCUGGAUGAAGAGUAGCAACCGUCAUUAUUCAAGGUAGUAUACCUAUGUAACGCUUAGCACUAUUGCAAUGUAC